CCCCUCAGCAAUCCACUUUACGUGAGCAUCGACAGCAAGAUGCUUAUCAAAAUUUUUGGCUGGAUGGCUGGAUCCCAAAGAAGUAUCUUCGGGAUCCUUGCCGUUGACUAGAAUGUACAGAACCUUUACAAUGCACUGAGUGAGUUCAUCUUUGCAUGCGAGGUUCUUCUUUCCGUUUCCGGUUUGUUUCCGUUGGUUCAUCUUCAACUUCGCGUACCGUUGAAACCACGGUACGAAGGGGACCAACUGCGGCCUCAUGCCGCUCGAAAAUGGUCGUUCGUUGGCCAUGGCUGCAGAGGAUCGCUCGGUCCGACUGCCAUGCUGGAAAGCGAAAGUGCUGGAAAGUGUACACGUACGCCGGAAAGCCGGAAAGCAGAACCGCACUCCUUUCCUUUCAGCGUGCGGAAAACUCGGUUCAGAUUUUACGGAACGCACUUCUCUCCGCACCGCGUGCGUGGAGACAGGCCGACGAAUCGACCACAUCCGGCCCCUCACGACGCUUCUAUGACUCCCGUCACAAACGGACAGUUUCGGACGUGCUGCUGGCGUGGUUGGCACGAUCCGCAGUUUUUGUUGCCCGGGUCCGCACGCAGCAUGAGAGGCAGCCUGCGUCCUACCACGUUACGAGGUUGGUCGACUCUUCAGCUGAACCACUUCAUGUAACAUGGUAGUGUUGUGUCUGCAGAGGAUGGGCUUGAACCACCUUCACAGGCGUUUGUCAUGUCCAGAAUCCGCUGUCCAGGAUCCUGAUCCAACAUGAAAUCGUGCGGCAGAAAUCCACGACAAAUGUCCGCAACUUUUCGGUAGAAAUUCUAUGCUGUGCUUUGAGGAAAAAUUUGAAGCUAAGAAGACAUAGUCGGUUGAAGCUGUGGCCAUAAUUCUUGACACGGCACUGUCAAGUGUUCUUGUAAGAACUUAAGAGCUUUGGAGAAUCGAAACCACGACACACGUUAGACCCACGCGAAGCACAACGGAAUCGGCAUACUGCUUCUCGACGGUGAAUGGUUCCGGGGUCUAGCCUCGACAGACUUCUGUAUGACUUCCCAACGGGCUAAAGCCCAAUUCUCCUCCUCACAAUAAUGCAUUUUAUUACAGAACUGCACAGAAGUGUGGGUUCUGCACCAAUACCUGACGUCUCACAACGAGAUCAUGUCCAAUAUCGACUUGUGAGCAGCGAUUUAACCCAACAUUUACUGGUGGAUUUGAUCAAGCCGAAGCUGGAGUAUGUCGAUCUCACACUUAUGAGAGCAAUCUGCUUGAAUGGAAGAAGCAAGAGUGAACACACUUGGAGCCAGUAGUAACAAGAAGCGGCCAUCCGUAGCUCGGCCAAUGCUCGAGGUUUCUAGCGUCAGUUUGUCAAAGAACGACCUGAAGUUAUGGGUUCAGUGCAGAGGUUGAGAUUUAUAGUGAGAGGCAAGAAGAGAUACAUAAUGCCGAGGCAGGAAAGACCAUCCAGUGGCAUCGUUCUUAUGAGGCGAACGAUUAGUGCAUUGGUAAAAUCAGUCCUCCAUCAGGCCUCCUGAGAAAACAGUAUGUAGAGUAGCCAUUGCGUUGCUUACUCGUGAAUCUGGAUUCCCCUCGUUCAGAGACUGGAGAGGCACCAGCUAACAAGUGCUGACAAGUAGUGUAUGCACAGAAGCCGAUAGAACAUACCCAUAGCUCAACAUGUAUCUCCUUCCAUGGCAUCCACUCACGGCACUCGAGCAUGCUAGCUGCCUCGAGCUCCAGACGCAAAACAGGGGAGGGUGAAGAAGAAUUACAAACUUCGUGGUUCGUGCAGCUCGAAUAAACUAUUCGUGCUGGAAUAGUUUCUCUCUCACCUCCAAGAGAAGAAAACGUGGCACGUGCAUACUCCACCAGCUCGUAAGCUGCUGCUGCUGGUCUCUGAAGGCGACCCGGGACCCGCACCAGGUGGGUAUUCUAAAAAUAGAAACGUACAUCGUACUCGGAACGGAGAGGACAUGAUAGCAAUUGAAAGUAGCGGGUUUGAGUUCAGCUCAUCAUAAUUACGGAGUCUCAUUUACUGUACUGUGGUGCCAGAUGAAGGGUUCCAGGUUCUAAAGCUGAAAGUUGGUCUACUCUCGGACUCACCGUAGACGAGGAGCCCUCCAUUAUUGGUACCAUGCGUUUGAUCGGCUCGAAGUUUUGGAGGAUGCACUUGAGUGUGAGGACGCCAUGUGUGUUAAUGGGUUGACCUCGAAGCUUGUCAUAUUUUGUGAUGAUAUUAUCAUCCGGAUUACAGUACUUGAAUGGGUGAAAUUUGAUUCUCCGACGACUUGCAUUUCCGCAUUUAACCCAAAAUUUUACCCAUAAAUGUUAUCGUAAAAAUCAUUUUGGGUUUCACAUAUAGAGCCUCUGAAUUCUUUCAAAUUAAGUACGAGGUACUGCUUCCGUUUACUCGUUUCAAAGUAUAUUCAGUGUUCCAGAGUAUUUAAUUAGCCCUUAAUUAGCACUCGUUUGGCCAUCGGUAUAGUAAAUUUUGAGAGAGAAUUUUGUAAUUUAUGCGUAUUUUGAAAAUUUUCAGAUAGUUCUCGAUACCUUUUGCUGUCCCAGUGCCUGAAAAAUC